AAUUAACUAGACUUGAAAUCUAAUGAUGGAAUCACAACAUGACAUAUUGUGUCUGGUAUUAUCUCUCUCUUGAGAGUUGAGAGCAUGGAGAUUGGUCCUCUCUUCCCCAACUUAGCGUGGUGGCAGCAAGUCAACGCCUCUACUUGCUGCCAGGACGCUGUUUUCUACUUCCUAUGCGCUGCUUAUGCUCUUGUCUCUUCCACCGCUUUGAUUCAAUUGGUUAGAAUUCAAGUUAGAGUACCUGAGUAUGGUUGGACUACUCAGAAGAUUUUUCAUCUCAUGAACUUCAUUGUCAACGGAGUGCGUGCAGUGGUGUUUGGAUUGCACAAGCUAGUUUUUCUUUUGCAUCCUAAGGUGUUGAUUUCGGUGCUAUUAGAUCUUCCAGGACUACUUUUUUUCUCAACAUAUACACUUCUUGUCCUUUUCUGGGUAGAAAUUUAUCACCAGGCAAGGGGUUUACCAACUGAUAAGCUCAAGAUAGUCUAUAUUUCAGUAAAUGCUGCCAUGUAUCUUAUCCAGGUUUGUAUUUGGAUAUACCUCUGGAUAGAUGACAACAAUGUUGUGCAGUUCAUUGGAGAGAUAUUUAUUGCAGUUGUGUCGUUUAUGGCUGCACUAGGCUUCUUGAUAUACGGAGGAAGAUUAUUUUUCAUGCUGAGACGCUUCCCAAUUGAAUCUAAAGGAAGAAGGAAGAAACUCAAUGAGGUUGGAUCGGUCACAACCAUCUGUUUCACCUGUUUUCUGAUAAGAUGCAUUAUGGGUUUUCUGUCUGCAUUUGAUUCAGAUGCAUCUCUUAAUGUUUUGGAUCAUCCUAUUUUGGACUUGAUUUAUUACAUGCUGGUUGAGGUCCUACCUUCAGCUUUAGUCCUCUACAUCCUGCGCAAAUUGCCCCCAAAGAGAAUAUCAGCCCAAUAUCAUCCCAUCCGUUAACUGCUGUUCAUAUUGGAUCCUAAUUUAUUAAUUUAUCUGCCCAUUGUUUAUUAUUUCAAUGGUUCUUGGUUAGAUGGAUACUUUUAAGCUCAUCAGGAAAAACAGAUAAAGAAAAAGGAUGCAGAUAAAGACUCAUGGCAGCAGUUCUUAUGUGAGUGAUACUCAGCAGUUGCUACCUAGGAAGGAAAUUUUGGAUUCAGGUUUUGUACGGUAUACAUGCAAUGACAAGCCUCAAGAACUUGAGUUAUUCUCUGCAGUUUGGAUGAUGUAGUGUUUCGGGCACAAGCUUGUCAAUGACGCAUCUACUUCAACAUUUUAUUUUAUACAAAGUUGAGUGUCUCUUAAUCUUAAAUAUUCUGAAUUUGUUUAUUAGUUAGAAAUACUUCAAUUUGAACAAAAUGAACAUUGUCUCUUGAAUUAUAUGAAGGGUCUCGCUUGGAAUCU